UGCGCAGUUUGUCUCAGCAGGCACCCACACCGCACCAUUGAGUGCAUUUUGUCCCAGACAUGGGACAAGCAGCACGAGACCUUCUCCAAACGCAUCUGCAAAGGCCUCUGGACCAAGGACAGCAAGCAAAUUUGCACAGCCUGGCAGAGAGAUGAAGGUUGCACUACCCCAAGACAUGACACAUGUCACAUCUGCUCAGGCUACAAAGCCACAACCCAUGGAGCCCGGAAGUGCCCUCAAGCACAGAAGGAA